UGUAUGACAGUAGCCAACACACACACACUCACACACACACUCACACACACACACACCGGUCGUGUUUCACACCUUUUUUUCCCCCAGGCUGGACAUCCAACAACUUUGCGGUGUAGGGAGCUGUAAGAGGCCAGUAGAAGACCGUGUGGACUCUGCACGACAACAAGCAUGGAGUUCCCGCAGCAGCAGAAACCGGCGGGGGACGGAAAGAUCACCUAUCCGCCCGGAGUGAAGGAGAUCACGGACAAAAUCAGCAACGAUGAGGUGGUCAAGCGGUUGAAGAUGGUGGUGAAAACCUACAUGGACAUGGAUCAGGACUCUGAGGAGGAGAAGCAGCAGUAUCUCUCCCUUGCGCUCCACCUGGCCUCUGAGUUCUUCCUCAGGAACCCCAACAAAGACGCACGGCUACUGGUGGCCUGCUGUCUGGCCGAUAUCUUCAGGAUCUAUGCUCCCGAGGCCCCCUACACCUCCCACGACAAACUCAAGGAUAUCUUCUUGUUCAUCACCAGACAGCUUAAGGGACUUGAGGACACAAAGAGCCCGCAGUUCAACAGAUACUUCUACCUGCUGGAGAAUCUGGCGUGGGUGAAGUCGUACAACAUAUGUUUUGAGUUGGAGGACUGCAAUGAGAUUUUCAUCCAGCUUUUUAAAACACUAUUCUCCGUCAUCAAUAACAGCCAUAACCAGAAGGUGCAGAUGCACAUGAUGGACCUGAUGAGUUCCAUUAUCAUGGAGGGAGACGGAGUCACACAGGAGCUCCUGGAUACCAUCCUCAUUAACCUUAUUCCUGCACACAAGAAUCUGAACAAGCAGGCGUACGACCUCGCUAAGACUCUGCUGAAGAGGACGGUGCAGACCAUAGAGACAUGCAUUGCUAACUUCUUCAAUCAGGUUUUAGUGAUGGGAAAGUCAUCAGUCAGCGACCUAUCGGAGCACGUCUUCGACCUCAUCCAGGAACUGUUUGCCAUCGACCCCAUGUUGCUAACAUCUGUCAUGCCACAGCUGGAAUUCAAACUCAAGAGCAACGAUGGCGAGGAGCGUCUAGCUGUAGUUCGGCUGCUAGCUAAGUUGUUUGGGGCCAAGGACUCAGAGCUGGCCUCACAGAACCGACCACUGUGGCAGUGCUUCUUAGGACGGUUUAAUGACAUCCACGUUCCAGUCAGGCUGGAGUGUGUAAAGUUCGCCAGCCACUGCCUCAUGAACCACCCCGACCUGGCCCGGGACCUGACAGAGUUUUUGAAGGUGCGUUCACAUGACCCAGAGGAAGCCAUUCGUCAUGAUGUCAUUGUCACCAUCAUCAACGCCGGGAAGAAAGAUCUUAACUUGGUCAAUGACCAGCUGUUGGGCUUCGUACGGGAAAGGACCUUAGACAAGAGGUGGCGUGUGCGUAAGGAGGCCAUGAUGGGCCUGGCUCAGCUUUUUAAGAAAUACUGUCUGCACCACGAGGCGGGCAAAGAGUCUGCAGCCAAGAUCAGCUGGAUCAAAGACAAACUGCUGCACAUCUACUAUCAGAACAGCAUCGAUGACAAGUUAUUAGUAGAGAAGAUCUUUGCUCAGUACAUGGUCCCUCACAGUCUUGACACCGAGGAGAAGAUGAAGUGUCUGUACUACCUGUAUGCCUGCCUGGACACAAACGCUGUCAAGGCACUGAAUGAGAUGUGGAAAUGUCAGAACAUGCUCAGAGGCCUUGUCAAGGAGCUGCUCGACCUCCACAAGCUGCCGGUGUGUGAGGCCAAUAACACGGCCAUGAUGGGGAAGCUGAUGUGUAUCGCCAAGAAUCUACCAGAUGCAGGAAAGGCCCAGGACUUCAUGAAGAAGUUCAACCAGGUUCUUGGUGAGGACGAGAAGCUCAGGGUCCAGCUGGAGAUGCUCAUCAGCCCGACCUGCUCCUGCAAACAGGCUGAGAUCUGCGUGAGGGAGAUCACUAGGAAGUUAACAUUCCCCAAACAGCCCACCAACCCGUUCCUGGAGAUGGUGAAGUUCCUGCUGGAGCGCAUCGCCCCCGUGCAUAUCGACUCCGAGGCCAUCAGCGCUCUGGUGAAGCUGCUUAACAAAUCCAUUGAGGGUACAGCUGAUGAUGAUGAAGAAGGAGUGACCCCCGAUACAGCCAUCCGCGCUGGUCUGGAGCUACUCAAGGUCCUGUCGUUCACCCACCCAACAGCGUUCCACUCUGCAGAAACCUACGAGUCUCUGCUCCAGUGUUUAAAGAUGGAGGAUGAGAAAGUGGCAGAGGCAGCCAUCCAGAUCUUCAGGAACACGGGGCAGAAGAUUGAAACAGAGCUACAACAGAUAAGAUCGACUCUGAUUCCCGUCCUGCAUCAGAAAGCCAAGCGGGGCACACCUCAUCAGGCCAAGCAGGCCGUCCACUGUAUCCAUGCCAUCUUCAACAACAAGGAAGUGCAGCUAGCACAGAUUUUUGAGCCUCUCUCUCGUAGUCUGAACGCUGACGUCCCUGAGCAGCUCAUCACUCCCCUCGUGUCCCUGGGCCACAUCUCCAUGCUGGCUCCAGAUCAGUUCGCUUCACCAAUGAAGUCCAUUGUUGCUAACUUCAUCGUCAAGGACUUGCUCAUGAACGACAGGUCUGUGGGAAACAAGAAUGGAAAGCUGUGGUCGGCUGAUGAGGAGGUUUCCCCUGAGGUCCUAGCUAAAGUGCAGGCCAUCAAGCUGCUUGUGCGUUGGCUACUAGGAAUGAAGAACAACCAAUCCAAGUCAGCAAACUCAACCCUGCGCCUGCUGUCAGCCAUGCUGGUUAGUGAGGGAGACCUCACAGAGCAGAAGAAGAUCAGUAAGUCGGACAUGUCUCGUCUGCGGCUGGCUGCAGGUGGAGCCAUCAUGAAGUUGGCCCAGGAGCCCUGUUACCAUGACAUCAUCACACCCGAACAGUUUCAGCUCUGCGGCCUUGUUAUAAAUGAUGAGUGCUACCAGGUCCGUCAGAUAUAUGCUCAGAAGUUGCACCUGGCUCUGGUCAAACUGACGCUGCCCCUCGAGUACCUGGCUGUCUUCGCCCUGUGUGCCAAGGACCCGGUGAAGGAGCGCCGCGCCCACGCCCGACAGUGCCUCCUCAAAAACAUCUCUGUUCGCAGAGAAUACAUCAAACAGAACCCGCUCGCUCAGGAAAAACUAGUCUCCCUCCUUCCUGAGUAUGUUGUUCCCUACAUGAUCCACCUGCUGGCCCACGACCCAGACUUCACAAAACCACAGGAAUAUGAACAACUCAAAGACAUCAAAGAGUGCUUGUGGUUUAUGCUGGAAGUGUUGAUGACCAAGAAUGAGAACAACAGUCAUGCAUUUCUCAGAAAGAUGGUGGAGAACAUCAAACAGACCAAGGAUGCUCAGUGUCCAGAUGAUAUAAAGGCCAACGAGAAGCUGUAUGUCGUCUGUGAUGUCGCCCUCUUCGUCAUCGCCAACAAGAGCACUGCCUGCCACCUGGACUCCCCGAAAGACCCGAUCCUACCCUCCAAGUUCUUCAUCGUCCAGGACAAGCAGGACUUCAAAAAUGAUAAGGAGUAUCUGUCGACGGAGAUGAGACAAAACCUGCUCACUGGAAAGCCUAAACCUGCCCCCGUGUUGAGCGCCGUGAAUAAGCCUCUGACAGUACCAGGGAGGAGAAUCUUCACCAAGACCACACCUGCCUCAGACACAGCGAGUAACACCAGCACCAACUCCUCCCCGCUAAGCUCCUCCACCAUCAACAAGAACAGCAAUUCUGCCACUGAGUCAUCAGAGAGCCCGGCGCAGGAAAACAACGAGAACCCCGUCAUCAAGAACGACGAGGGCAAGAAGGUGGAGCCCAGUCAGAACACGACCCCUGACGCCGAGACAGGAGCGGUGCCUGUCAAACGACGCGGCCGUCCACCUAAACCGCCUGCUGCACCUGUCGCCGCUGACAAAGAGGGAGCGCCGGCGCCGGUGGCAACAGCAACAACCGGGGCGGGCAGAGGAAGGAAGAGAAUGGCUGAUCAAUGCUCCAACUCAUCUGCAGAGUCAAUCAACGCCAAACUGUCAAAACAGCAGAACGACGAAGGGACAAAGAGACAGAUUGACUUGCAGAGGUGGCUAUUUGUGAGCAGGGAGAUUAAAGAAGUGAGCAAGUGUGUUCCCGGAGAGGACACAGAGAGAGCUGUAGGGUCAGUCGGCCUCCUCCUGGGCAGUGAAGGCGACACUGAGAUAGAGCUGGAGUCCAGCCCUGAGGGUGUCACCUGUGGCAGUGAGGACAGAGAGCGUUCCCCCCAGAGAGAUACAGAGAAGUCUACAAGGAGAGCAGCUCUUUCUGACAGGCAGGGAGAGCCCAGCAGUGGUGACAGGGAGGGCAAGCUGGCAGUAAAGAGGAAACCGGUGAAGGGGAAAUCAAGACAGUAGAUGAAAUGGGCCAGACACUUCCUCGUACCUUCCCGACCGUGCUCACAUGCUCUCUCCGACCUUUAAAGCUUUCCUGGACACGUUAUGGACCUUUCUUAAAACACACACACGUACACACACACAUAACAAACACACACCACUGAUAUCCUAGAAGGUUUUAAAUACCUUAGUCUUGAUUUGAAGCUCAUUGUAUGUAGGUCUUACUUUAAAAAAAAAAAAAAACAUGUUAUUUUUUUUCCUUUGUGUUUGUUGCUCUUUGCUUCUUUUGUGGAGCCAUUUUUAAGAAAAACAAAAAACAGGAUGGACAUUUUACAAACGUUUUAAUCUGGUUAUGAUUGUUGCUUAUUAAAUUCCCUGGGAAAAAAUCCUACUGUACGUGUCCUGACCUCUUCCUCCUUGUGUCUCUCACUCUUUUCUUUUCUUUUUGUCACACCUUUAUUUGUAAAUACCUAUAUGCUAUGCUACCUUGCAGCUAAACCUUUUGGAAUAUCCAGGAUCAUUAAAAGUUGCAGCAGAUGGGUCAAAUAAAGGAAAAACAAAGUGUAAGAUUUGUGCAUUUAUGAAAUAUAUACUGGCACCUGAAGUUUAGGAAGUGUGGUACGUUAGCUUUGUAAUACCAUUAAAAGGCCAGAUAGAAACUCUGA